AUGCCACCUCAGCUAUUACCGGCCUCGGCCGCCGCUUUUGCUCCCCGGGCCUCCUCAGUAAACGUGGUUUUAGGUUCCAAGGUGGAGCCGUGGUUGACACAGACACUCAAGCGCAUCAACAAGAUCAAGCGCCCACUCAACAGCGUACCGCAGCACCAACGAUGCCUCACCGAGACCCUCUCAUCGCCAAACGCCAUCUGGACCCUGGCAUCGCUGAUGCUUCCCAAGGCCCCCGAGGCGGAUCUCAAGAAGGAUUCCAACCCGCUGAUUGAGGCCAUUCUCAACUACCAGAUUGCUCACAUCGAGGCCUACAUCGUCCACGUCGACAUGGUGCUGAGGAAUGAAGUCGCAUACAAGCUAACGCCUGAGACCAUUGAGGCACUCAUCGACUACCACAAGGACAUCUACUGCGUCGAUGCCAAAGCUAGCACCUACGACUGGUCCGAGAAGGAGCAGCAGUGCAAGAAGCUGCAUGAGGAUUUCGUCCAGGCUGUUAACAAGUUCGUGUUUCGGACGCACAUGUCGGCGCUUGAGGGUCUUGAAGAGGAUGGUGCUGGAGAGCUUCUGGGCGGCAGGAGUGAGGAGGUCAAGAACAGCAUCCAAGGAUUGCUCAAACCCCUGCUUCCGCCACCGCCGAGGAUUGUCGACGUCGUCCGCCAGCCGCCGCUUUUGCCCAGCUCGCCUGCUGGUGCCGCUAUCUGGUCCCAACCUUCACCGCCGGCGACGAUGCCCGCCCCUGUUGAGUCUUGGAAGAUCCUACCAUCAAGCCCGAGUGUCGCCUCGACCACCGCCGAUUCCGCUACGACGAUGUGGGCUACCAUGGGUAUGAGUGAGGUGCAAUUGCCUUCGCCUCCGCCGGCCUUCAGCCAGCCGUACUCAACCGCCGGGCUUUACUACAGCCCACCGGUUGUGUCGGCGUCCAUCCCGCACCUGCCGCUCCCAAGCAUGCUUGCGCCUCAAUGCGGGAUCACCGUGGGAUACAACUCGUUCGGCGGCUGGGACCAUCGCUACCAAGAAUACGCGACGACUAUGUGA